GCUCUCUCUUGCUCUCUCUCUCACACUCUCACUGUCGCUCUCCCUCUCGCACACUCUCGCUCUCUUUCACAGUCCCUCACUUCUGCUCUUCCUGUGAGUGUGUCUAUUACUCUCCCCUCCCUCCUCAGCGAAAUUUGACUUGCUAAUCGCCCGAGACAUGGUAGAGAGAGAGAGAGAGAGAGAGGGAGUGAAUGAGAGAGAGAGAGAGAGAGAGAGAGAGAGAAAGCGAUAGCAAGAGGAUGCAGUGGUAAAAGGUUUCCUACACCCUCACGAAAUCUUCCAGCUACCCCUCUCCUCAUCCCUUCAUCCAGUCUGCUCGGUUGCAGGAUGUGGAUGCAUUGACAGGUUCUGUCUCUUUUGUGGUGGAGCCAUGCAGCAUCAGCCGUGGAUUUCCUGCGCUUGCAGCCAGCAUUCUUUUUUACCCCAUAACCUUUUUUCUCCCCCCCCGCGUCAUCUCUUUCAGACCGCCUCUCUGCUCUGAAACGGGUUGCCUUUUAUUGUCCUCUAACGCAGCUCAUUUCUAAGCACAGAAGACCAAUCACAUCAUGUGGAUUACACCACACUGUGACUUGCCAAUCUCUCGACUGAGCAAACAUUGCAAUGCGAUGGAACAGUGAUCCGGAGGAAUUAAAGAGCUCGCCGGGGGAAAUAAACAGGUGGAGCGGAGACACAUGGCAAGGACUCUUCGGAUACUGCCAGAGUUUUUCUUGUGAAUGGACUGUGAGGGAUUUUCUUAGCUGAGGAAUAAGUCGUGCUCGUACCGUUGGGGUUGCAUAAUGGCAGAGUCUAGACCAUACUGUAACCUCCCGUCUGCAAAUCCCAGACAGUGAGCACCACUUCCACAGAUCCAUGGGUGGAAAGGAUGGAGGAAUGGGAUGCCAACCAUCUGUGGGAUGUGAAGGAAAGAGGAUCUGUGAAGCAUCUGUGAAUGAAUGGUACAUGGAAGCAGAAUAGAACUGAUACAGGACUCAUUUAUUUCAGUUUCAAGUCGUCUUUGUUGGGUUGGGAAUUUGUUCUGUUUGCUUGUUUGAACCUUUUGCUAGUGAUAUCAUCCCAUACUUUCCUCCAAAACAUUCCGUAACAUGUGCUAUUUGAAUUUUUCAAUCGUUCCAAUUGUUAUUCCGCAUGCUAACUGCGACGACUAACUACAAGGCUGUAAAAACAAGGGUAUUGUACUUGUUUGAUAUUGAAGCCUCCGUUUCCUAAUCCCUGCAUGUUGUGUUUUUCUGACUGCCUAUUCAGGCGCUACCUAUUGGCUUCCCCAAGCCUAGCUGAUUGGUGUUAACAUUUACCAUCUCAUCACCAAUCCAAUAUCAUCUUUACCUAAAGGGCUCUAGGUCUCUAGGACACUGCUGUCCACAUGAGCCACUCAGGGAGCCUGCAGAGACGAACCACCUACCUCAUCUCCCUAACUCUGGUCAAGGUCGAGGCCAUAGGGGAUGGUGAAGGGACUGAGCCAACAAAACAACAGACCCCGGCCCUUGUGCAGGGUCCAGAAGAUGGAGCGCAAACACCGGAGGAGGAAAAAGUGGAAGAGGUAAGCAAGAGUCCAGAGAAAGAGAAAGAAUCUCCAUUUUCUGAGACUGAGGAGCACAAGGUUGAGUUCAGGACCCGGAAGCCUAAUACAGAGAGGAGACAAGAGAGCAGCAAUGUGUGUCCCAUCAGAACACUUCCACCAAAACCUAAGGGAACAAGUUGCCCACCUGUGGUUGGUAAAUACAAAGGCAGGGAACUUCAUAAGGACUCUAGGGGUGAAUCUUUUGCAAGAGUGUCACCUGAUGGCGAAGAAAGGAGAGAGGAAAUAUUUAAGACAGAGCUGCCUAAGCCUGAUGUUUACAAGACUGACAUUUAUACCCCAACAUCAGAAAAGGUCUUGGAUGUUGGUGUUUCGAACGGGACCUCUGUCCGGUCCAGCCUUCCAAUACAUCUCAGCCAGCGUCCUGAGGCCUUGCUCCGAUCCCACGCUGUGGUGACUAUGAACCGGCGUGAUCUGAAGGAGACCUGCAAGACCAUCUCCUCCUCUGCCAAGAGCCUGGACUGCAAGGCCAGAGAGCACUCGCCCCCAGUUACCAUAACAAUGACGAUGGGGCCUUACCGGGCCUCUUGGUCAGAAAGUGAGGGGAGAGGCAUGUACCACCGCUAUGGCAUAGAGCCGUUAAUGGUGGCGGAAGAAGGUUUUGCAGGAUCUGGACUUGUAACACGUGAAAGCCCACAAGUGGAAAAGCUUAAAACAAUAUCUACUUCGCUUCCUGCUCCCGCCAUACGACCGCCAACCAAACCACAGCGUAAGGGCAAGAGUCGCACCCUGGACAACAGCGACCUACAUUUGCUCUCAGAGGACCUGAAAAAGGGAAAGGAGGCCCAGGUUGGAGCGUCUGCUGGGCAGCGUACUUCUACCCAUGCUUCAGGCAAAGACCGGAAAAUGUUGAAGUUCAUCAGCGGCAUUUUCACCAAGAGCACCCAGUCCCCUGCAACCCCUCCAGCGGUCCCAGCAACUCCAAUACCCCUUCAUAGCCCCAUGCAGAGAGGGUCCAGUGAGGAGGAAGCUUGUGCAGCGAGUCAGGAGUGGAUGCUGAGUCGAGCCCUCCAGGACCUGCGUCUGGGUAUCUUAGGCAGUCAGCUGAGUGGGAAGUCAGCCCUGGUCCAUCGCUACAUGACUGGCAGCUACCUGCCUCUGGAGAGUCCCGAGGGAGGAAUGUUUAAGAAGGACAUCCUCAUUGAUGGACAGAGUCAUCUUUUGCUGAUGAGAGAGGAGCCUGGACUUCCAGACCCAGAGUUCUGCAGCUGGGUGGAUGGCGUGAUCCUGGUCUUCAGUCUGGAGAACGAGAGCAGCUUUCUGGAGGUCUACAACAUCUACAGGCAGCUGAGCCUCCAUCGCAACAUCGCCGAGAUCCCCUUCAUCGUGGUGGGCACUCAGGAUAAAAUAACCAGCACUAACCCGCGGGUGAUCGACGACGCCCGUGCCAGAAAGCUGUGUUCAGACGUCCACCGAUGCACCUACUACGAGACCUGUGCUACCUACGGCCUGAAUGUCAACCGGGUGUUUACAGAGGCCGCUCAGAAGACGGUGGCGAUGAAGAGACAGCUGGCGCUGUACGCCUCCUGCAGAUCUCUCCCGAACUCGCCGAGUCAUUCCGGAGGAUCUACUCCACUGUCUGGAGCUUUUCCAGGCCAGGCCAGUAACGGAGGUCAGAGCAGUGACUACUCCUCCUCCCUGCCCUCCACUCCGGUCAUCAGUCACAAGGACAUCAGCGGGGCGUCCGGAGGGGAGAAGCUAGGCAUUGCGACGCCUGUAUCCCUGCGCAGCCAUGGACGAACCGCUCGAUUUACAGCGAGGCGGGGCAGUGACUCUGAGAGGCGGAGUGUUGACAGCAAAGACUUUGGCGUAGGACGCGCCAUCCCCAUCAAACAGAGUAUCCUCCUGAAGCGUAGUGGGAAUUCACUGAAACAGGAGUGGAAGAAGAAGUACGUAACUCUGUCCAAUAACGGAAUGCUGUCCUACCACUCCAAUGUCAGCGAGUACAUGCAGAACGUUCAUGGUAAAGAGAUAGAUCUCCUGCGGGUGACGGUGAAGGUUCCGGGGAAGCGUCCUCCCAGGGCUGCCAUGUCUGCUGGCCCCCUACCCGGACACAAUGGUUUAGUCCAAGAUGUGCCGGGACUGGAGGGGAGCAGCUCAGCCGCUGCUUACCCGAGUGGGCUGUUAACCGUGGACGAGGGAGCCGGGGGUCAGCGGGACGUCCAGCGCUCCUUUACCCUGUCCAGUAAAGUCCAGAGUUUUGAAAUCGAGGGCGUUCUGAACCCCCCUCUGAUUAAAGACCCCAGCACGUCUCCGGUGACGGACAGGAAGAAGCAGCGGAGGAAGAAGAGCAUGAAUCAGAGAGCAGACACCACCAUCGGCCAGGCUGAAGCCAAGCGCAAAAUGUGGAAACUAAAAAGCUUCGGUAGCUUGAGAAACAUAAAUAAAACAGAUGAUGAGAACUGUGAGUUCCUGAUCGUGUCCAGCACGGGGCAGACGUGGCAGUUCGAGGCUCAGAGCCAGGAGGAACGAGACGCCUGGGUUCAGGCCAUCGAGAGCCAGAUCCUGGCCAGUCUGCAGUCGUGUGAGAGCAGCAGGCACAAGGCGAGAAGGAACAGUCAGAGUGAGGCAGUGGCGAUACAGGCGAUCCGUAACGCUAAAGGAAACAGCUUCUGUGUGGACUGUGAUGCUCCUAAUCCGACGUGGGCGAGUCUGAAUCUGGGGGCUCUGAUCUGUAUCGAGUGCUCGGGGAUCCACCGGAACCUCGGCACUCACCUGUCCCGGGUUCGCUCCCUGGACCUGGACGACUGGCCCUACGAGCUCACGCUGGUGCUCAUCGCCAUCGGCAACCACAUGGCCAACAGCAUCUGGGAGAGCCGAACGAGAGGCCGCUAUAAGCCACGCCCUGAUUCUACACGUGAGGAGCGGGAGUCGUGGAUUCGGGCCAAAUACGAGCAGAAGCUAUUCCUGGCGUCGCUUGCCACCCUGAACGAGGGCCUGGACGGGUCGCUGUCGGCCCUCCUCUACAGAGCUGUGAUUGACAGAGAUUUGCCCAGGCUCCUCCUCCUGCUGGCCCACAGCACUAGAGAGGAAAUCAACGCCCCGUCUCCAUAUGUGAUGCGAUUUGGAAACGGUGCCAUCCACGAAUCACUGUCGCCCCUGCACGCUGCCUGCCAGCUUGGAGACGUUGUCAUGACACAGCUGCUGAUCUGGUAUGGUAGUGAUGUGCGGAGCAGGGACUCUAUGGGUCAGACGGCGGCUGCUAUGGCGCGACGGGCGGGCAGUCAGAUGUGUGUGGAUAUCCUGCUGCAGCACGGUUGCCCCGCCGAUAUCAGCCCCACCACCUCCACCCCGCCCACCACGUCCCCCUCCGGUGCCACCAGCCCCAGCCUGUCCCGCAACAGCAGCUCCGCCAGCCUCAGCCGGGGCACCUCCAAACGCCCACUGUCCUAACGCCAGGACCCGGAGUGGGAGAGAGCGAACACAGACGAGAAGACCAUCCAGAAGUACGAGCACCCAACUGCAGGAGUCCCACUGCUAAUACCCUAAUCUUACCCCCAAUCCCCAAUCCCAUUGCUGUGAGGAGGUUUUAAUUGCAUCUAGCCACAUACAGCUAUAGAGCAUUAGUGAGGCAUGGUGACCUUAGAUGACCUUAGAAUCUCAGAGCUUUUCUGUAUGAAGAUUAUACAGCUGCCUCUGUCACCUUAAAGCAGAUCAACGCCACUCAUCUUGUCAGAAGGGCUGUCCGGAUACUUUUGGACAUGUUGAGUAUCUUUAUUUAGGCCUCUGCAACAAGGCACAGUGUCUGGCCACAGGAAGGACACUUGGACGCCCUCCAGAUUGAGGUCAGCACCACAGAACUGUAAACCGACCCGUCUCCAGCUGCACUGCGAUACCACCCUGAGUGAAAUCAGCUUAAAAUAGUCCUAAUAUUCAUUAUCUCCCAUUGUUAGAUAUUAGAUAUUAAUUUAACAACAUAUUUGGAUAUAGUCCAUUUCUUGUUUGUUUUUACUGCAAGUGUGCAAUUCCAACAGUAGGUAGAUAUCCUAAACGUCAGGUUAAAAAGGCUAAUUUUUUAUCUGGUAAAAGCAGUAGUAACAUCUUGAAAUGACAGGAAUAAUCAGAUUUUAUUCACAGACAGACAGACUGCUGAAUGUCUGAGUUUGUCUGUAAUUUAAUUAAGAUGUUUAGAUUGUCAGUCAUCUGAUAACAUGUUACAUGAAAUUAGGAUAUCAGAUAAUGAGGAAAGAUUUCGCCCCAAUCCCAUUUUUCUUUUGUACCCCUAACCCUUAAAACAGAGUUUUAAGAGAAAGGGGUGAAAUCCUUUCGAUAAAGUAUAGGGACAGUUGGGAAUUCAGCACCCCCGCCAGAAAAAGCACUCCCUCUCAGGAGCGCACCGUCGCUAGAUAAGUAACUGUGAUUGAGAUAAGCAUAGCUUUUGGAGUGUUUUUCUAACCCGUUAAAGCGGAUUCAUUUCUUUUAUCAAGAAGACGGUGUGUACACACUCCUGAGAGAGGGUGCUUUUCAUGGCAGGGGUGCUGAAUACGGCACAACACUGGCAAGCCCACUGAGCAGUGAGUAAUGACAUAAGCGUGCUCGGGCACGGAUUGUUUAAACGCAGUAUAAGUGCAGGCCCACACGGAAGUGGGUAGGGGACAAAAUCGUUCUCCAGCACGAUUCAACCGAACCAUGCCUAAUGUGAGUAAGUAGUUUAAGAUUAUUUCUGCUUCCAGGGUCUGUUUUCACACGCAGACUGAGACAUCCCAGAAUACUCUGUCUGAGAGUUUACAUGCACUGAGAAAUCUGAUUACUAAGCUAAAAUCCAGCGUUCCUCGUCAGAGUUCUUAAUCAGAUUUUUACACCGUAUUUUGAUCUAAGAAUGCUGUUUACGUGAGUACUGGAGUAAUCAGGUAACUUUGAUAAACUUGAUUAUAUGUUGAUUAGAUUUAAGGUGAUUUCACUCAGAGAUAAAUCAGAACUCGACAGUCAGAACCUGAGAGAUCAGAACCUCCUGAUCCGACUGAAGCUGAAGCGCGAGAGAGACGAUUCAGCUGGACGUCCAUUUCAACCAGAACCAGAAACCGAGAGUCCGGACAGAACCGCCUGGACAGAAUCCGUCCGGACCGCCGCCACAGAGGCUGGAAUACUGUGAUCGGACUAUUUAUCCUGUUUUAUUAAUUAUGAGAUUUAUUUGUUGUUCUUCAAAGCUGAGGGCUUCAGAACUGAACAGUACCGCUGUGUUCUAAAGCGGAACCCUGAACCCUGGACCCGUGUACAUACCGAGGAACUGUCCAGAACCUUCUAGAGAGAGACUACUGAUUGUACAGACACAUGAACUAGCGGAAACCCACUGUUACAGUCUGUCGUUAUUAAUAAUAUAUAGUCUAUAAAUCUGUACCAAGAAAAGGAUGCCCUAGAAGUUCUAUGAAAGUUCGGGCGUUUAGACCUGGAAUUGCAUUAAUGAAGAUUUUAAUUAUGUUCUUUCAUAUCUGUCGUACAGAGUGGUUUCGAGGUCUGCGGCGUUCGCUCCGGGACGUUAAAUAUUUACGAAUAAGAAUGAUGAAAGCGUUGGACACGCCCACGUCGGACACGCCCACGUCGGACACGCCCACGCCUUCAGUUCCUUUGAAUGUAUUUGCGAUCCUGUUCUAAAUGCAGUGUUUACGUUCCUGAAUGUACGCUUGUAUCGUUUGUGCUGUAGGUGGUGGACGCCAUGAAACCGUAAACAGGAAGUUGUUUUUUUUAUCUCUUGAGUGUAAACAAAUAUAAACACACUAUAAAGCUAAAGGUUCAGAGACUGGAGAGAAGUGAAGGAAAUAAAUUUACACUACAGUUCAAAAGUUUGCAAUCAAAUACAUUUAUUAAAGUUGCAAACAAAUGUAUAAAAUUAUUCUGAAGGUCUAGAAACUGUAAAUAAAACUGUAGAAAUAGUGAUUAAUGAUCACAGCUGUAUAGGAUUCUACACUAACUGUAGUUUUAAUAACAUUCAUAUCCAGAAUGAAUUUUCAGAAAUAGUUAUAACCAGAAUGAAAUUCUAAUAAAAUAAAUAUCCAGAAAUAUUUCUAAUAACAUAUGUGUGAUGAUGUUUUUAUCAAAUUCAUAUGCAGAAAAAAGUUCUAUUCAAAAUAAUAUUUAAGAUUUGUUUUAUUUGUUUUAUUGCUAGCAGAAUUAAUUGUUUGAAAAAAAUGUAUGUCCAGAAUAAAGUUCUACUCAAAUUAAUAUCUGGAACUUUCUAGUUAAUUUCUAGUUAAAUUAAUAUACUUAAAAUAUUUCUGAUAACAUUAUUAACUAAAAUGAGGUUCUAAUAUAUAUAAUAAUCUAAUAAUAUAUUUUCAUUUCAACAUAGGAAGAAAUAUUAAGGAAAUAAAUGUAAAUAGAUAAUUACAGUCUUUAUUAUUUAUCAUUUAAAAUCUUUGUUCACAGAAAACUCUUAAAUAGAAUGUUUAAAAUAUCUUAACUAUAUCUUUAGACAUUAGAUUCUAAUAUUAAAAAUCUACUAUAAAAAGUAUAAAAUAUAUAAAAGUCUAUUAUUGUAUAUAAAAUAAUAAAUAACAGUGAAGUGAUGCAGACUUUUGGGCGGUAGUGUAAACACAGGUUUAGUAUGCUGGUACUGAGUGGAUAUGAAGAUGAGAAGUGCGCUGCUGUUUGAUGAUGUAAUAAGUCUGAAAUCAGAUCAGAUUUGUUUCAGAUUGUAUUUUGGGUUUUUAGUUUGUUUGUUUUUUUGGCUUCUGAUGAUCAGACCUGCGACUCUUCCACUGACACCAACAUCCGAACCGCUGCAGAACCCGCCGCUCAUCACUGUCCAUCUGGAACCCAGAACCUGGAACCAGACGUAGAACCUGGAACCGAAAAAAAAAAACGGAACCAGGAACCCGGGACCAGGAAACUGGGACUGGAACCUGCUGUGGGUUUGAUUGGCAGCUGCAGAUUUGUUGCAGAGUCUUGAAGCAGGAUUGUAUUUACCCGUCCGGUCAUGUGAUGUUUUCUACUUUUAACUGCACUUAAAAAAAAAACAAGAACAAAUAAUAAAAUAUGAAAGAAGAUACACCAAAAAAAUAAAUGUUUUAUAGCAAAAAAUGUGGCUAAUGUGUUGUUAAUAGUGACGAGGUAGAGCUACUUCACUACUGUACGUAAGUACUAAAAUGCUGUAUCUGUACUCUACUACUGGAGUAUUAUUUUUUUUCUCCUACUUACACUUUUACUUUACUACCAAUUUUUUGAUGAGUUUAAUACUUUUACUCUGAUGCAAUGUUUAUGUGCUGUAUCGUUACUCGUUACAAUUCUAAAAAUGUUAGAAAUCGUUCCAAACCCAUGUUAUAACUCAAGUCAGAGAGGUAGAUGCUCUGCACUGUCACCGAGUUUGAUGAAGCUGCUCAUCAUUGAGUGAAUAAAGAUCACGCCGCUCCUGUUCUGCCUUUA